UUAGUUUUAAUCGUAGAGGUCGGGAGCUCAGACAGUCAUGUCAGUGACAGGUGAGUCUCUCCAUCAGUCCAGUGCUCUGAGUGAAAGGACCCUGACACCAGAAGAGCUGGACAAACUCAGGAAUGACAGCGUCUUAGUGUCCGACUUUAAACAGCAGAAACUCGAAAUGGACGCUCAGAAAAACUGGGACUUGUUUUAUAAAAGAAACACGACGAACUUUUUCAAAGACAGGCACUGGACUACCAGAGAGUUUGAAGAACUGAAAAACUGCAAAGAGUCUCAGGGGCAGAAGCUGGUGUUAUUAGAGGCUGGCUGUGGGGUUGGAAACUGUAUUUUCCCUCUUCUGGAAGAGGAUCUCGGUAUCUUCAUUUAUGCUUGUGACUUUUCUCCACGAGCUGUUGAGUUUGUGAAGCAAAAUGCCUUGUAUAGCACCGAGCGAUGCCUUGCGUUUCAGUGUGACCUCACUAAAGAUGAUCUCCAGGCCACCAUACAAGUGGAGACAGUGGAUGUAGCCACACUGAUAUUUGUUCUGUCUGCAAUUCAUCCUGACAAGAUGCUGAAAGCCCUGGAACAGAUUUAUAAGGUAUUAAGACCAGGAGGUAUUGUCCUCUUCAGAGACUAUGGUCUUUAUGAUCAUGCCAUGUUGAGGUUUAAGUCUGGCAAUAAGCUGGGCGAGAACUUCUACGUAAGACAGGAUGGGACCCGUUCCUUUUUCUUCUCUAGAGAGUACUUGGCUGGUUUGUUCCAACAGGCAGGAUUUGAGAGUCUAGUGAACGAGUAUGUGUUGAGAGAAACUGUGAAUAAAAAAGAGGGUCUGUGUGUUCCCCGAGUGUUCCUGCAGAGUAAAUUUCUCAAACCUGUCCCAUCAUCAUCAUCAUCACCAUCAUAAACUUAUUUUUGUGUCAAGUGUCAUGCAUUCAUUUAUUGUAUUUCAGAUAAAUACAAUUUCCAAUUACAUGUUGUUUUCGUACUAUCUCAUACUGAAAUAAAAUCUGUAUAUUUUUCAA